CACACCGGAGAAGUCUCCUGGCCGCCAGUCCGCCUCCUGCUUCAGUCUCAACAGAAGCUGCUGCUGUUCGCUUCGAUCCCGGGUCAGAGAGUCCGAACCGCAGAGUUUACCGCACAGAACCCGCUUCCUUCCUCCCAGACCGCCACGCAGGACAACAGAUAAAGCAAAAUGGGACAAGGCUGCCUGAAAGUGAGCAAGUACCUGCUCUUCCUCUUCAACCUCAUCUUCUUCCUGCUUGGUGUCCUCAUCAUGGGCUUCGGACUCUGGCUCCUUCUGGACAAAGAGAGCUUCAUCUUGGUCCUCAAUGACAACUCGUCUGUGAAGUUGGGCUGCUACAUCCUGAUCGGAGUUGGAGGCUUCUCCACCCUCAUGGGCAUCGUCGGCUGCGUGGGGACCAUAUACGAGGUCCGCUGCCUGCUGGGCCUGUACUUCACCUUCCUCCUACUGAUCCUUAUCGCUCAGAUUACAGCUGGAGCUCUUAUGCAUUUUAACAAGCCAGAGAUGAACAAGGAGGUUUCCAAGAUCGUGAUCCAGGUUGUGAAGAAUUACCCUGGCAACCUCUCCAGCACAGAGCGGGCCUGGGACUACAUCCAGAAGAACAUGAGGUGCUGCGGCUGGAACGGCCUUCAGGACUGGAAUGAGAACAUGGUGAUCCAGAACAGCUCCAUUGAUCUGUUCCCCUGCUCCUGCCGGAAUUCCUCCAGCCCUGCAGAGAAUCUGCCGGACAACGGCAUGUGUGAGCUGACGGCGAGCGACGUUUUUAUCACGGGAUGCUCUGCAAGUGUGGAGAACUGGAUCACAACCAACCUGGGGGUGGUUCUGGGGAUCUGCCUCGGAGUGGCUUUUGUUGAGAUACUGGGGAUGGUUCUGUCUUUCUGCCUGUGCAGAAACGUCCGAGCAGAGGAUUACACCAAGGUGCCGAAGUACUGAGGCUCUGCUGAGGAGUUCAUUAAACUGAGAAAACGUUCCAAUGAGUUUCCGCCUAGUUUUGGUGAAAUCCUGUCCAUAUGUUAAAUAAUAAGUAUUUUCUUUGUUUUGUUGAAUUUUCCUUCUGAGACGUUUUAUAUUUGUCAGACUAGUUUGCUUUAAGCACUUUAGAAAUAUUAGUAGUUUUGGAUCAGAACUAUGCUGGCGAUUAGUCCAAACCAGUUUCCCUUUAAAUCUGAACUGACUCCUGUUUGCGACAGAGAAGUGGGAGGAGUGGAUGGGCUUUUUUUAGUUUUGAUACACCAGUGUUCUGACAUGUGAAAUGUUUUUAGUACUUUGUAUGUAAUUUAAUUCCUUAUUUGUAUGAAUCUGACUGCAGCGUAUAAUUCUGCUGCCUGCGUUCAUCUGUUUCUCCUUCCUGUCUGGGUUUUCAUGGUACUAAACCUUCUGGUUUCUAGUUUACAGUAGAUUUUAUUUUUACUUCGCGCCCAAUUUAACUCUGACUGUGUUAAAGUGUAAAACUUACAGAUAUUAGUCGAUUAUUAUUUGGAAGAGAAGCAUCCUAAACCUGUGAGCCUCGCUGUAUUAUUUUUUUUAAAAGUCGAAUCUUCUUGUAAUUUCUGAAUAAGAAAAAUAUAAAAUUAACUUUAUGAUCAUUUGUAAGGUCAAAAUGAGCGUUUUGGAUUUGUUAAUGUGUACUCACAUGAUUUAUUCUGUCAAUAAACUGAAUGAAGUCACA